UACUUCUGGUGCACUGGUGGUCUUCUCAGACCAUAGACAAUGGCCACCGAACUAGAUGUGAGCAAGUCUCGCCGCUUCGACAUUGCCAUGUCGAGGCGAACCCGGCGAUCGACAAGCCUGGUAGCCUGCUUUCAAGAUCAGUAUACACCAUCCCUGGCACAGCAUCGCCACCAAGAGCUGAAGGCGUUUCUGCAAUGCCAGGAUGAAGAGCUGAAGGCACUCCAGCGAUGCGAGGAUGCAGAGCACAAGACACUGUGUUUGAAUGAAGACGAGGAGCUGAAGAUUCCACAAGUACCAAUGCAGUAUGAAGAUGACAAGCAAGAGACGCCAGAGCAAUAUGAAGAUGGGCAGGAGAAGGAGUCGCAGCAAUAUCCAGACCAAGAGCAGGAGAUACCAGAUUCAUGUCAAGACGAUGAGAAGACACCGAACCAGUAUCUAGACGAAGGGAAGAUGCUAGAGCAGUAUCAAGAUGAAGAUGAUGAGCUGCCAUCACAAUACCAAGACCAUGAGCUGGUGACACAGAAGCUACCUGAGGAAGAUGAGGGGACUGCAUCAGAGCGAUUCCAAGACGAGGAGAGGAAGGAACUUCAUCAGCACCAAGAGGCAGAUGAGCAGACGUCACAGUCUGAGGACGAGGAGGAGCCCAAGUCUCAGCAGGAACGCCAUGACGUCGAGCAGAAGGCACCGAAGCAAUUCCAAGUCUUGAAGAAGGUAGCCGCGCCACCACGUCCUGUGGAGAACGUGCCCCGGUUCUCCCUCCAGGAGCUUAUACGGCAGAAGCAGCAGCUUCCAACCGGCGAGGCGAUGGCUACCAGCAAGGUAGGCGGCCGUGGGGAGAGUGUCCUCGCUGACCAUAUGGUUUCAGGAGCAGGUGCAGCAGCCGCAGAGGGCACGGCACUGGCGAUGGUGAUAAAGCGACCCGAGGGAGGGAAGAAGCCCAUGGGCAUGAUACGCCGGUGCGUCAAGGCCCUGAACCAGAUGAUCAAGGCCAAGCACGGGUCCAAGAAGAACCUGCAUUUCUAGUGUUCAACAGAGUUUCUUAGUAGAUUGCACAUCUCUGAAUAAUGCACGCGCAGUUGGGGAGAACCACAAUUUUGGGCAUGGUGCAGGGUGUGAAAGAUCUGGCGAGAAACUUUUUACGCUCUGGUCUAUACUGUCUUCCUAUAGCAAUAAACUGUGGAACUUUUAAUAGCUGAAGAUCACAAA